CGGGAGAGGCUGCGAGGAGGAUCAGCGGGACAGAUCUGGAACUGUGGCCGGAGACAGCUUCCCUGGAACAUUGUUUUUCCCUCUUCUCUCCUGUUCUGUUGCAUUCUGUUCUCAUCGAUUCUACACUGUAGGCUGCAGAGGAGACGCGCAGAGUUGCAGGAGCCGAUCGCUCGACACAAGACACCUGGAGAGAGACAGAAAGGCUGGGAGAGGGAGUGGAAAUUCAAAAAAAGCUGUCACAGAAAAUAUUCAGCCUCCCCGACGAACGAACGAGAGUUACCGCGUUGAUUUUGCAAUAGUUUAACACCCAUUAAACUGCACAAAUAUGCCAUUAGAAAUAAAAAAAGAUGGAAUAAUUUGACUUCUUCACCCUUUUCCUCUGCAAAAAGCAUAUUUUCCGUCGUGUGGUGGAAUUUCUCAUCUUUCACCUGCAUGAGGUGAAAAAAGAAGAGGUGGAGGGGAGAAAAAAAACAACACUUUUUCUCUCGGAUGGGAUUUUUUUUCCUCUUGCUCUGUAGAUGGAGGGAUGAGACCGGGGAAGCAGAAGACGGGGGAGAGCGAGAACGAGAGAGGGAGGAAGAGAGAAGGAUGUAGUCGUCGGGCGCUGAUGUGAGAAUGCAAAACGGACGCACCCCUCUGGAAGACGAGCUUGAAGUAUAACAAUCCCAAAUCGGAAUUUACGGCCAGCCAAAGGAUAUUAUUACACAAAUGUAUUUACUUGGACCCUUAACACACGCGGAGGAUCUUGUCUUAUCUGGAACGUAUCUGUGCGGAGUUACAACUACAGGCACCGGGUCUUUAUAAGGAUGGGAUUUGGAAAAAUAACUGCGCCUUGACACUCAGAGGGGAAAAAGAAACACAUCUGGAAGGAAGACACUGGAAUUCGCACUAUUCUGGCUGGCUUGAUGCGGUUUCCUAGCAACAGAACUGUCAUCAUUGUGGAUCCAUGUCCAAAUGUGAACCCUCUAAGUCCAGAUGAGGAAUAACCACAAGAUGAUUUUUGACCUGCUACCUCAUCUGCAGUCGUGUAUGGUGACUGUACAAUGUGAACCCUGAAGCGACGUGUAUUCUGCUCUUACAUCUUUGAAGGUGUUCUGUUCAGGCAGUGAGGGUAACCAUGGAGCGGCUGUUGCUCUGUGUGAUGCUGGCAAUUGCCAUGGCAGUACGGGCUCAGGUCUGCCCGAAACGCUGUGUCUGUCAGAUCCUGUCACCCAACUUGGCAACCCUCUGUGCUAAGAAAGGACUACUGUUUGUACCGCCAAAUAUUGACAGACAUACUGUGGAGCUACGGCUGGCUGACAACUUUGUCACAAGUGUGAAAAGGAAAGACUUUGCAAACAUGACACGGCUGGUGGACCUAACAUUAUCCCGAAACACCAUCUCCUACAUCACACCUCAUGCCUUUACUGAUCUAGAAAAUCUCCGAGCGCUUCAUCUCAACAGUAACCGUCUGACGAGGAUAGGCAAUGAUACGUUCAGCGGGAUGUCCAAACUUCACCACUUGAUUUUGAACAACAACCAGCUGGUUCUGAUCCACCAGGGAGCAUUCAAUGACCUACUAGCACUGGAAGAGUUGGACCUUAGCUACAAUAAUUUGGACUCUAUUCCAUGGGAAGCGAUCCAGAAAAUGAUAAGCCUCCACACGUUGAGUUUGGACCACAACAUGCUGGAUUUCAUUCCAGAGGGAACCUUCUCCCUCCUUCAGAAACUCAACCGGCUGGAUGUCACUUCUAAUAAGCUUCAAAAGUUACCGCCAGACCCCCUUUUUCAACGAGCACAGGUCCUAGCUACAUCAGGAAUCAUGACCGCUACGUCUUUUGCGCUGUCGUUCGGUGGGAAUCCGCUCCACUGUAACUGUGAGUUACUGUGGCUGAGGAGAUUGAACCGAGAGGACGAUCUGGAGACAUGCGCCACGCCUCAGCACCUCUCUGGUCGAUACUUCUGGUCCGUCCCUGAAGAGGAGUUUCUCUGUGAGCCUCCUCUCAUCACCAGAUACUCCCAUGAGAUGAGGGUCCUCGAAGGUCAAAGAGUUGCACUCAGGUGUAAGGCGAGGGGCGACCCAGAACCAGCCAUUCACUGGAUCUCUCCUGAGGGCAAGCUGGUGUCUAACUCCUCCAGAACACUGGUCUACAACAACGGGACCCUGGACAUCCUCAUCACUACUGUGAAAGACACCGGCUCCUUCACCUGCAUCUCCUCCAACCCUGCCGGCGAAGCCCACCAGACCGUGGACCUGGUUAUCAUAAAACUCCCUCACAUCUCCAACAACACCAACAACAUCCAAGAGCCCGACCCGGGAUCAUCUGACAUCUCCACGUCGACCCGGGGUGGUGCUAACGGCAGCAACGUGACAGGAGAUGUCAAGAGUGGGGUGGAUAAGAGGGUGGUGACGGCAGAGGCCACGUCAUCAACUGCCCUGAUCAAGUUCAACUUCCAGAGGAAUAUACCCGGCAUCAGGAUGUUCCAGAUACAGUACAAUGGAAGUCAGGACGACUCGCUGGUGUACAGAAUGAUACCUCCAUCAAGCAAGAACUUCCUGGUAAAUAAUCUGGCAGCAGGGACUCAGUACGACCUCUGCGUCCUGGCCAUCUACGAUGAUGUCAUGACCUCUCUGACGGCGACGCGAGUGGUCGGCUGCGUGCAGUUCACCACCGAGUCGGAGUACAUGAGGUGUCAUUUCAUGCAGUCUCAGUUCCUCGGCGGGACUAUGAUCAUCAUCAUCGGAGGGAUAAUAGUGGCCUCGGUGCUCGUGUUCAUCAUCAUCCUGAUGAUACGCUACAAGGUGUGUAAUCCUGGUGAAGGUGGCAAAGGCGUUUCAAUGUCAAUGACCGAUGUUCACUCACAGACCAACGGGCAGGGGGGAUGCAGCGUGACUCCCAGCAGCUCUAAACACGGAUCACUCGCAUUGGACGACCUGUCAGGGCCCACGAAGAAAAGGAGCGGAGGACGUGGGGGGAAGGAUACGUUAACUCAGUCGUCCGAGUGCUCCCUGCCCGACUGCUCCACAGCAACAUCUGUCCUCAGCCAGAGUUGGGGAGCCAGAAGCCCAACAGCUGUAGAUGAGGAUCGGGAGAAAGCGGGAGAACAGAGACCUAAAAGCAACGUCGUACCCGCCGCCACUGCCACCGGUUCCCUGCACAAGCCGAGCCGGAAGCCGGCUCCCCGAGAGACCGGCCUGGUCUUCUCUAACCCUUCAGCAGUGCCUGAGAUACUGCCCUCUGCGUCCUCCCCGCGCCCUCCCGCUACUCCCAACCCUCAAGAGAACCCAAACACCAAUCGCAACAACUCCACCUCUCUCAAACAAACCCCGCCUCCUCCUUUUGCCCCUUCCCCUUUUUCCAGUGCUUUCCCCACUCCGAGCCCGGUUCCCUCCACACGAUUCAGAGAGACGCCUAUCCUCCGCCGGGCUCCUCGCACCGCUUCCUCCUCGGCUAAGUACCAGACUCUUCCCGUGGAGGAGGGAGGACGGAGCCGGGCGAGGAGGAGGUACUCGCUCAGCGAAGGAGCCUCAAAGAGUCACUCGUCCCAUCACGGAGCAGGAAAACCCAAAUUAGGGCGUAAAAUGCGGGACAAAAGGAGCCAAUCAAUGAGCGGGAUGCUGCUCCCUAAAGACGAGGACAAACACAAGGGGAGGUGCGAUUCCAAAUGGAUCUUGGAAAGCACAGUUUGAACUGUAACAAGGCAGCAACCAGAAAAAUAAACUUUGGUUAACUCAUCAUUGUUUAACCUUCGUGUGAGCGUCUGCUGUGCGUUUGAAUCUGUUUCUAGGUGUGUGGGUGAAGGUAAAAGCCUGUUGUUGAUGUUUGAAACAGUGUGUGUGUUGUUACUGUUUAGAAUGUACCUUUUCAUUUAUGAAUUUCGCUCCUAGUUGUGCGUAAGAGAAUGAUUGGACGUUUCUGAAUGACAGUGUGAGCAGACGUAUUCUUCUCAGCCUUUAUUUUUUUUCUUUUUGUUACUCUUUUCAAAAUGUUUCUGCACAGGGUUUUUUUUUUUUUUUUUGUUGUAUCUGUUUACAGUUUUGUCUCCACUUUCGACAUUAUCUGUUUUGCAGUCGACCCUUCAGCGAGUGGAUAACUUGCCUUGUCUUGUAGCGUCCUCGAGUCGUCUCGUUGGUUCCACUUUAUAGCACAAAAGAGAAAAAAAACAAGACAAUAAGCUUGCCACGUCAUUGCCCAAGUCACACUCACCCUGUCUGAGAACACCACAGAUGGGAAUGAAUAAAAGGAAAGAAAUGGAAUAAAAAAAACACACAGAAAGAAGAAAAAGCACACCAUUCUUAACAUUCACAUGCUCACAGAGAGCGUGCAUCCAGUGUGGCAAGAGAAUAGCAGUCGGUGCCUUCUUUUGCACUAACAGACCCUCACUGACAAAUACUACAAGGGUAUUUGUACAUCACCUCGGCUCCACGAGUGAGGGAUUAGGACGGAUGGAAAGAACUAAGGAAGAGACAGAUUUCACACAUAGCCUUUCUUACCUACAACGGAGUACAGAACCUUUCUUGAUGUAUAAAGAAAAGGAGCAACAAACACGUGGAGAGUUUCAUGGACCUCUGAUGAAAUCGAUAUUUUUUAAAGGGAAGUAUUCAAAAAAAAAAGAAGAAAAAAAAAGAACAUGAUUACCUUGCGAGCUUUUCACUUACAUUGGUAUACUAUAGCCUGUGUUGGUCACAAGCUCUGAAAGCUUCUGUACAGAAAAAGACAACAUGUACUGUGUUGUUAUGUUGUGUAAAAUAAAA